AUGGCGUCGCCCUUCGAAGGCGAUGGUGUACGAGUAUUACUGACUUGUUCCUGUUCGGCGCUUUCGCCACCCUCUCGAUUGUACUUUUGUCGACACUGCAUUAAGUUGAGAUGUCCACUUUGUGUGUCUCACGAGGUAAAUCUUUCACAAAAGCCAAGAGUAAUGGUGACGAUUUAAAAGUCUAUUUACAUUUUAAUGGCAAAUACGAAAAUUGCAGAUGGCCAUAUGGAUAGUUUUACAGAGAGCUUAUGGCCUAAUACAUGGCAAAUUACCGAGGAUAAGUCUUCAUUGCUAUCGUUUUUAUUUUUUUAAGGUCGAUUCUUACUACUGCCCAAACUGUUUGGAAAAUAUGCCUUCGGCAGAGGCUAAAGUUAAAAAGAACAGGUAAGAAUCAUAAUCGGUGUUUAGAUCCUGAAUAUUUUUAUUUUGCUCUGGAUUUUUGAGGGUCUUGGUGGCUCGUUAGUGCGAUAAAAUGACCUUAUCAUUCAAGAGUCUUGGUGGCUUGUCAGUCCCGACUCAAGAGCCAUUGGGGCACUGAACCACUAUAUACCUUUCUUGUUGUUUAAGACUCUAAUCUUGACUGACAAGCCACUAAAAUAUGUAAAAUAUCCCCGGCUAAUUCUUCAUAUCAAACUGGCACUUACCAUAAUAUUUGAAGAUGCAAGCAAUAUACCAUCGAUUUGAUGGUAUAAAUGAUAUACCAUCAAUCAACCUUGUUUCCAGGCGUGGAAGUCUAACUGUUUAUUCCUGAGUGAACUGAAAAAGAAAAAGACGUUCAUGGCUAUCCAAAGAUGAAAUAGCUGAAUUUCUAACUACAGUCAACUCUCGAUAACUUAAACCUUCAAGGGAAAUGGAAAAAAGGUUGAGUUAUCAGGAGCUCAAAGAAAAUAAGGAAAAAAACAGUUUUUGCUGCACAGUGAACAUUUUAAUCACAUUUAAUUGUAGAAACAUUUAAGUGUUUGUAAUUGUAGAGCCAUGAUUCGAACUUGUUUGAAAUGAAAAACUUUUUGAUGAAAAGCUUUUAAAGAGGACUUGUCUAAACUUCCAUUUAGCCUCUUAUUUAGCACUGGUGAUCCAGAACAGCAACUAGACAUCUUUAAUUCGAUGGUGAAGUCAUGCAUAGACACACAUCAGGGCUUGAAAUAACUAUGGGGCAGGCGCCGGACACAUUGUCCGGUCAAACGUGAUUUUGCUCGGACAUAGGCAUUUUUGGCCGGACAAAUUUAAUCCAUCUUAACUAGUUGCAAUAGAGGCUCCAUUUUGCAAGUUACAUGAUCUGUAUCAUUUUCAGCAACAGCAACUCUAGUUACUCAAAACAAAUCGAGUGUGCAAAAAAUUAGAAGUUGUAGUUUUAUUACUCUUUGUUCUGUUACAUUGUAAGUCAGACACGUGGAUUGCAAGACACAACCUCAUCGUUAACGUUUGGCUGAAACCUGACCAAAUCACUAACAAAACGUAACCUUCAACUUUAUAGUACAACAUUUACAUUUUAGCAUGAACUUUCAGCUCAUAUAAUUUUGUUGGUUAACGUUUCUUUUGAGUGUCAUAUACAUUUUGUAAAUUCUCCGUUACAUCUCUUACACGUUGCGCAAUGAAAAUAAUCGUAUCCUUCGGCGCGACCUGCUGGCCGAAGUAACAUCGCCAUUCGCACAAAAAAUCGUGGUAGUGGGCAUUCAUUGGCAUUUGAAUGCGUUAAAACGUAUACAUAAUGUAUUUCAAAGAGAACAGGGUGAUGAAUGUUGAGUUAACCUUGUGAAUUAGUCGUUUAGUGAUAAACACGCAACAAAUUUACGGACAGGGCGAAAUAAAGACAAACUGUAUUUUUAUGUUUACUUCAUUAACACUCAAAGCCUUUUAUUUUAAUGUUACAUUUGAGAAGUUUUAUUGGAGCAAGAGGGUGGCCUAAGGGAUGGACCAUUAGAAAAGUUAUGGGGGGGGAGGGGAAUUUUUGAGCCGCAGGAAUUUUUUUUCGUUAUCAAAUUCCUUGUAUGAAUUUUUUUUAGGCCUCAGCAUGAAUAUUUUUUAGGGUUAAUUGGCGUGCAUGAAUUUUUUUUCAUUCAAUUUUGCCUUGCGCGAAUAUUUUUUUUGUACUUCGCCCGCCCCCCCCCCCAUAAGUUUUCUAAUGGUCCGUCCCUAAUUCAUUAUACUGUCACUCUGGGUCUUUCUUUUUUUCGCUCUUGUUGGCACCAGAUGCUAUGCGGGUUAUUUUUCGGCGCAGCGGGGCGUGCAAUCUUGAGCACUUUACAACACGGACAGCAGUAGCCAAUUUGCGUCGCGACUGACAAAAGGAAAUGUCAUCAAUUUCACAAACAAAAGUCCCCCUAGUUAAUAUCUUUUUUGGGAACAUGAUAAGAUUGAAUAAAUUUCCAUCAUGAUUGUCUCAAAAUUGAAUUUCUUUGAAAGCCCAAAUGUCCGGUCAUCCACGGAUUUGCUCGGACAACGCUCGAUUCUGACCGGACAUUGUCCGUUGACCGGCCAUUAUUUCAAGCCCUGCACAUGCUCCACUACACAGAACGAAGAUCACCCGCCUUCCUGCCCAUGAUUAAACACAGACAACAUUACACAGCUCCAAAGCGAAAAAAACGAGCUACUAUAUCUUGCUCAUAAGAGCAAUUCAGUUGAUAUCUAGAGUAAAUUUCGAGAAGACAAAAAUUAAACAAGUAAAGGGGUUGUUUUAUCAGAAAGCCUUGUCAUUGAGGAAACCCAAAGAGCUCUGGCUGGUGAUUCAUCAUGUUCGUCAUCCUCAUGCUUAGCCCCUCAAAGCGGACCCUGAUCUGUUGAACAACCACUUUACUUCCACCUCACAAUGCUUGCUAGGAUCAACACCAAACUCUCCACACAUUUUACAAGAACUUAUCAACUCACUAUCUGAUAGUUCCACAAGCUCAUUCGACCAUCGUCCUGUCACCUAUUGUGAAUUGCUGAAACAGCUUAAAAACUUGAGAGCUGAUUGUUCUACUGGAGCUGACCAAAUACCCGCUAAGUAUCUAAAGAUGUCUGCCAACCACAUUGCCUCUCCUCUGACACAAAUUAUUAAUAGUUUCAUUUCAAAUGAUACCUUCCCUGCAGCUUGGAAAAUGGCAAGAGUGUCUCCAAUACCUAAAGUCGAUUCCCCAAUCAAUGCUGACCAAUACAGACCCAUUGCUAUUCUUCCUGCACUUUCUAAGGUCUAUGAGCAACUUGUCCACAAUCAAAUAUUGGAGUUUAUCGAACAAAAUCUUGUAUUUAAUGAACGUGUCACAGGAUAUUGUGAAGGACAUUCUACUACUACAGUUCUGCUGUGAAUAAGGGAUGACAUAAUAAGAGCAAUGAGAAAAAGUGAAGUCACUCUCAUCUCUUUUGCCAAUUUCUCCAAAGCUUUUGACACCAUUGACUAUUCAGUAGUUCUAAGGAAACUAUGUGCCAUUGGGUUUACCGGUAACUCAUUAAACUGGGUACCCAGCUACUUAACAUCUCAGCAGCAGUUUGUUAAAGUCAACGGCAAACAGUCUAUUUUUAUUGACAUACCAUUUGGGGUUCCCCAAGGCUCUAUAUUAGGGCCUCUUCUCAAAUCUAUUUAACCACAGAGUUCCAGUAAUUGUGUCAAUAUUCUGCGAAAUGUAAUGCCUUAAUAUACCAUGACACAGGAUUUCUCCCGCUAUAAUAUUUUUACGUCCUACUUUACUGACCGUCGAGAAUUCUUCAGAGUAUUUGCUUUUUAAUACGUGUGUAUAAAUACAGGAAAAUCAAGGGCCUUGAUUCAGGGAAAAUUACAUCAUUGCCCAAAAGCCAAAAAUAUGAUCAAUUAUGUGCAUCACUUCAAUCUUUGCCGAAAAUAAACCACAUGCUCAUCACAAGUCUCAUUUGUAAACAAAGAAAGUGGUCACGAUUCUUAUUCCAUGACCAAAAAGCAAAGCUUUAGAAAUUUAUUUUCGCACAUUUUUGUUUUGUUGUAAGUCAAACACAAGAACUUUAAUCUAAAUUCUUACUUGAGCAACUGCAUUGGUUGCCACCAAAAUGGCUAAUUUUGUGCCAAAACAAAAUGAAACAUACGUUUCUGGGACUAGCUUCCAUACCUUACUUAGUUUUUUACCCCUACUCCCAGAGUCUGUACGGGCGGAGGCGUAAGCUGACGUGGUAACCAAAUUUUCUCGGAUGAAUAGAUUACGAAAUUAUCUUGGCAAUGGAGCUCUGGUCGUGCGCUUUGCACACUUAGAGCUCUGUACUAACUACUUAGUAAUCUACUUUUUAAAAUGCUUUAACAAUGAAAACAAGUGUCAAACGUCGACCUGGAAAUAUCAAUAGAUGGACUGUAUUUUCUCUGAGAGCAAUACUGUAUAAGUUUUGUUGAGUAAAUUAAUGUUACAAGAAUAAAUGCCUCUAUCUAUUUAAGGCCCCCACUUGGAUCCCUAAAGUUAAAUAGACUGUUUAUUGGGUGAAAUACAGUACAGUUUCUUGUAUGUCCUAGAUGUGCCAAUUGUUUUGACUGCCCAAGUUGUGGAAAUACAUUGUCAACAAGAGCCACAGCAGUUGCCAUACAGUCAGACAAGUCAGGUGAUGAUGGCAAAGCGACACAAGCCAAGAAAGUUUAUUACCUUGCUUGUGGAUUCUGCAGAUGGUCUUCUAGAGAUGUAGGGAUUGAAGAUAAGAGUGUGGGUGAGUAGUAACAAGAUACAAUAAAGUUUUUUCUUCCUUUAAACUCGGCAUGCCAAAAUAUUUAUAUUCAUGUUAGAAUAUUUUAACCUACUAUACUAGCAGGAUGAUUCUCAAUUGCCUUCGUCUCCUAGCCCUAAUUCUCAAAUAAUUAGGGCUAGGAGACAUACGAAAUUGAGAAUCAACCUAGGUUAAAAAAUUUUAGCUAGAAUUUUAUUUUGACUUGUAAAACAAAAUUAAUUAUACAGUUGAUUUUAGAAAUUUUAAACAAAGUAAAUAGUUUAAUAUUUAAACAAUAAAAGUACCACUAUUAAAAUGUAAGUGGUAUAUGAAAGUAUUGCUGAAGGUUUCAUUUGAAAGGUUUUACUUCAGGAUUUCAUUCAUAAAACCUUGUACAGAAUUAUGACUGUGGUAGAAAUCCUACUGCACCCAGGAACUAGCCUGUUCCAGGCAUUCAGAUAGUGGAGCGUGGCUUGAAAUUGUAAUCAGAGGAAAAACAGGAUAUUAACCCAAGAGCAUGUAAAAUACAGUCCAGGAUCACAAACAGGAUCAUAAGUGAUCUUACAAGUUCCUCUGUAGGAUCCUAUUUAAUUGAUUGGAUUCUGAGUUCAAUUUAGGUUUCUGGGAAACUGCCCACCUACCCCUGCCCUAAGCUAACAUUAACACUUACUUUUCACUUAGGGCUAAAUGUUGGCUUAGGGGACGGGUAGGAGGGUAGUUUCCCAGAAACCUAAAUUGAUCCGAAUCCUGCACAGGAUCGUGUCUAUUUUUACAUUAGUAAAAUCCAACUAGUGGUCUAUUAUCAAUGCUGUGUUCUGAUUGGUUGAGCUACUACUAGGCUAUAAUUAUGUUAUAGCCCACUAGUAGCAAAAAGCGCUGGUUUUUUGGUGGCAAAAAAGGAUUAUUAAAGUCCAGCUUUAACUAGCUAAAAAUUUUUUUAUUCUUGAUAUUUUUGACCAACUAGUUGGAUUUUACUAAAACAAUAAUUUUCUCAUGGCCUCUGAGUCAAUAGCCCUUGAGGCCUUCGGCCUCGACAGGGUCUUCAUUCACAAACUUAACAGUUUGAGCUACUUUGUACAGUAUAAUCAAGCAGCACCACAGAAAAGCAUUACUUAGUGGCUAUUCAGAUCAUCACACUUAAGGAUUCUUACCCACACACUCAAAGAAUUAAUAUUAUUUUAUUAGAACAACCAUGUACAGUAUAGUAAACAGCUCCCCGAGAAAGUACUGCUGAAGAGGUUUCAUUUGAUUUCAACCACAGGCACAAGUUUGAACUAGCAAUUAACAAAUCUUUACUCUGGAUAUGAAAGGGUUAAUUUUUGUCUUGCAUUUCUCGUUUGUCUAGCAAGUGGAGCCUGGCAGGAACAGGAAAGUCCCGCUGCAAAAAGGGUAAAUUAAUAUUUGAUAUUGUGGCCAGAAAAACUCUGAUCACUUGAAUGAUUCCAGGAUAAUGAUCAUGAAAUAGUCAGGUAAAGGGUGCGUGGACUAAAGCUCUAAGUAACUCAUGAUGAAAUUUUAAAUUCCCCCAAGUCCAUUCAUCAGGGUUCUUACCAUUACCAAUUUCUCCCCCCCCCCCCCCUUCUUGGGCCUUGUGUCAGGCAUCCUAUCGGUAAUUAUUCUAACUGAAAUCUGUUUGGUUCUUGUAGUGCUCUGGUAAAAUUUGUUUUUCUUGUAUUUGUUAGGUUAAUACUCUUGUAGAAUACUACAGACAGCUUGCUACAAAAGAAAAAGUUGAAAGGGAGAAAAAGAAAUUAACCAAACGCCGCAACUAUAUGCACAUAUCAGUGAGUAUUUAAAAUAAGACAUCAAUGUUGUUUAGAUUUUUGUUUAUAUUUUGUUUAUAUUUUUUUUAGUUAUAGAUAACAAUGAUAUUGAAACAAUCUGGAUGAAAAUAACAAUUCACAAUAUUAUUAUUUUUUGGCCAUUUAGUUUUUGCAAGAGUCUCUUUCAAAAUUUGAUUCCAAUUGAUGUGAUUGUAGUGAAUUGAAUGACAGUAAAUUAUCAGUCAUUUUAAGAUAACUUUUAACUUGGUAUUCUAUAAAAAAAUGUAAAUAAAAAAAAUAACACUUGCUUGUUUCAAAGCAUAUCAUUGAUAAUGUUGUUACCUUUUUUUAUGCUUGAAUCAGUUUGUUUCGUUAAAAAUUUCUAAUUUCAAAUUAACAAGAAAAACCACUUAUAAAGUUCUUAAACUAACUUAAGACAAGGAAAAAUCGAGAUAUCACUCAAGAUGUUUGUGAUUCUUUCUCUAAAAAAUAAAUAUAAUUAUAAUUAAAUAGGUUUAUUAAAAGCUGAUUGAUUUUUCUGUUAUAUCUAAUCCCAAAUGCUGUAAAAUCCCCUUUAAAACUGGACACAGUAUAUACCAAGGAAGGUAAGAAAACAUUAAACAACAUAGCAAGUAUCAAGUAAAUAAAAUAUUGUCUUAUUCACUAAAAUAUUCCUUUGAAUAAUUUAAAGGUUUGUUAAUUUUGAUUUAUGAGACAUUCUUAUGUGUUUAAAGAGUAAUAUUACAUAACAAGCUUUUGUCAGACUUAAAAAUAUUUGAAUUAAAAUCAAGUUUUUACAAGUUUGAUUAAUUGUGCUACAUGUCUAUUUAAAUAUGUACAGUUCAAGAUGUAAAUAAGAUUCUUAAGGCUAUUGGUUUUCUUAUUAUUUUGUCUAAAUCACCACAAAAGUUUUUGAAGCACUUGAGGUUUUGUAGGUGUUGUAGUUGAUUUUUUAUCUCAGGUAAGUUUUAUUUUUCUUUUGUUUCAACUUCAUUAGCGUUUUAACCAUACCCAAAAACAAAAGGAAAAGAAAUAUUACGUCAGAUAAAAACAAAAUUAACUACAACAUAGGCAAUAAUUGCCUUGAUUUUGUAAGGGCCAUCUGUACAAAGUCUGAGGAAAACAUAAUGACCACUUAAAUAUAAAUCAUUCUUCACAAUGGCCCCAGACUGACUUCUGUUUGCUCAAAGUAAUUCUUCUGAAUUGUCAGGAUUGUCCCAUGUUGCAUGAGAAAUGUUUCCCUGUGAUUGUCUUGAUUGCAAGUCUGAAUACUUGUCUCAAGGUGAUAUGGAAGCCAGUGUUAACUGAUUGGGGGUGUCAUUUAAUGUUUUUACUUAUUGAUUUUUUAGGGCAAAAUCGAAUUAGAAUUCACUUUAGAAUAAAAGUCAGGAAAAAAGGUGUAAGAAAACGUUUUAAUGUGGCUGUAACAUCAUUUUCAAGUGACAAAUGAAAAAAUUGACUCAGUGUAUAUAUAGUUUGAGGUGAUAAAAUACAACAACAGUAACGCAUUUCAGUGUGCGUGGUGAUUACAUCUGAAUAAAUGGUUUUGGGUGCAUGAAAAAGCAUGUGUGUUUUUGUGUUUCUUAGUUCUUAGUAAUUAAGUUUCAUGGCCAAGAAUGUUCAGCUAGUACAGCUCUUUUGCCAAAUUCCAAGACUAAAGCAAUGAUUCUUUUCUUUUUAGGAUAAGUUCAAUUUAUCAUCCUUAACAAGACGCAAGAGUAGUCUUUCUUAUCUGACUAGUUUCAGCUCAAAAGGGUAGGCAUUGUGUUGUUUAGUACAUUGUGUGGAUUAUCAAUCUAGGUUUCUGGGAAACUGCCCACCAACCUCUCCCCUAAGCCAUCCUUUUGCCCUAAGUGAAAAGUAAGUGUUAAUGUUAGCUUAGGGGAGGGGUAGGUGGGCAUUUUCCCAGGAACUUAAAUUGAUCCCAUUGUGUUUAUGUUACAGUCGACUCCCGAUAACUUGAACCUUCUAGGGAAAUCUAAAAAGGUUUGAGUUAUUGGGAGUUCGAAGCAAAACAACCAGAAAUAAGGAGAUAAGGAAAUGGGAUGGGGAAGGAGUGCAAGUAUCAUGCACACUUCAUUAUCACUUCAAGAUACUGAUAUUUUGAAAAGCAAUACAAAGAAUACUUGGUUUGUGUUGAAAUAAAUUCAAUGUUUCCAACUACAGUACAAUUUUUUUUGACUUCAGUGUGCGUAGUAUUCGAGUUAUCAAGAGUAAAAUUAUAUAGCUAUUGUCUGAAGGGAAACAAAAAUUACUUCAAGUUGUCAAGGGGUCAAGUUACUGAGGGUAAAAUCACAGUAAAUAAUUGGAGGAAAUCAACAGGAAAUCGAUUUUAGUUCAAGUUAGCGAGAGUUCGAGUUAUCGGGAGUCGAAUGUAUUUUUUUUUUCAUCUCUGCUGUUUGUUGUCACUCGAAUUGAACACUUUGAAAAGUGCUCUCAUGAACCUUUGUUGUGUUUUGCUUAAUUAGGAAAGAAAUGGUUGAUGAAGAAGUGGUUCUAAAAAACCCUAGUGAAGCUGUGGAAGAAGUGGAAACAUUGGCUGAAGAAUUUUAUAACAAAACUUUAAUUCUUGAAAAAGGUAGCAUUAGUUUACUGGUGCUGUAAAUAGAUUUGUUGUGUUUAUAUUAUGUAGUGUGUCAGUUUGUAAACUUUCUAAUGAGUAAAAAUUUCACAGAAACUAUCAAGCCAGCUAACCUCUAAUUAUUAUGGAAAUGUUAUUGGCCUUGUCUACUGUUUAUAGGACUGCAUUUUUAUGGUUCGUCUUAAGUGUUGACCUAGUUGCUUAACAACUUUAAAAACAUUUUCUUUUCUUUUAUUAGUUCCAAAUCUACAGCAGAGGUUGUGCCAGCCAGACUUUCAGCCAGAAACAUUAGCGUAAGUUUGCCUUAAUCAUCAUCAUCAUCAUCAUCACCACCACUAUUAUCGUUUAGUACCACUGUUACUUUCCUUGUUGUUAUCGUUAUCGUUAUUCGUUAAUAUAUAGAUUUAUAUAUUCAAACACAACUUGCAACAGACUAGGAUACAGUGGUACUUCUUUUUUGCAGAAUAUGACCAGACACCAAAGAUCACAGCCCUUAGACCUUGUAACAAUUUAGUAUCACAUCGUAUCCCUUUUGUUGUAUGCCUUCUUGCAGGGAGGAGUCGGAGAGGGGGGGCGCAGCAUUUGCUUGUUUUAAAAUUCAUUGACACAAUAUUAACUUUGACUUGUCGUUGUACAAUCACAGUGAUCUUCAUCCAAGACACAAGCAUCUCUUGGCCAAGAGGUCUCAGCGUUGCCGGGUAGGUUGAAAUAUUGGAUAAAAACUCUGAAUUUCAUGUUACAAAUCAAGUUAAAUUUUGUUUAACACUUAAGAAUAAAAAUAAGCGAAAAAAGUUCAACACGACGUUUCGAUGUCGCCAUGACAUCAUUAUCAAGCGACAAAGAUAAAACUAAAAACUGAUGAAAUAUAUACGGUUUAAUGUGACAAAAUAAAGAAGAAAAGUAACAUGUUGGCACGUUUAAAUGAAAAAUGUGAAAAUAUGUUAAACAAACAGUUUUGGCCGGAUGGAAUCUGAUCGUGUGUUUAGGCUUGGUUUCUUCUCCUUUAUAAUAAGCUAUUCGUAAAUCAGGCAGUCUAAUUUUCCAUUAGACCUCUUGAGUACGGAAAAGUUGCUGCUCAAGUCGCCUAUGGUUUUUAAGCCAUGGAUGUUCUUUAAAUGCCUCCUAAUUGCCGAGUGAUGGUGCUCAUCAAUUUCAUGUUGUGAAGAAAAAUAUUAAGAUACAGGAGAAGUACCAAAGAGGUUUCAUAUAGAAUUGUCACACGAUAGGAUUUUAUCCACAUAAACUUACACGUGUACAUGUCUACAACUAACUUACGGAUUACGGAGAGAAAAUGUUGUGGAUAUGUAUGGCUGUGUAUAUGCAAUAAUUCCUUUUACUCAGGAAUGUCUGAGAUGGAUGCAGAAAUUACUAUCACAACAGCAAACGUUGGUAUUUUCAGUAUUAUCCUUAGAUUUAAAAUAAUGUUGUUUUAACAUGCUUGAUGCCUGAAUGUCCUUUAUUUCGAAACAGCAAUGUGAACACAAUCUAAGCAAACCAGAAUUCAACCCUUCAUCAAUAAAGUUCAAGAUUCAGUUAGGAGCAGUGUAAGUAGUGGAGAGGUAAUAGAAAUACGAUGGUGAAUUUUGCACCUGGAGAAUUUACGGGUACGAAAUAAACUCACUGCUUUUAGCCUGAAUCUCUAGGCUUUUUUGUCAACGCUUUUAAAUUUUUUUCCCGGCUGCCAAUAAUGAAUAAGUUUGCUUCGUACGCAACGGCUGAUGAUUUUCAAAUUCUUGGAACCUGUAAUGAUGAACACAUUUGUUCCCGGUAAUUUUGCUGCCCAUGUCUUGCAAAUCCCAGCAUGUUAGGAUUGUACUGAAACAAUCAAUUGGGAGAUAAUUAUUUGUUUGUCUUCUUCCAGCUCUCGAAUGUCUUCACAGACGUCGCUGAUUCAUGUGACGAGAGCGGCAUAUUCUAUGAAUCACUUUUAUUCACUUUCCGCGAUCUGUGAAAUCUGUCAAGAACCCGUUGCUAGCACGUGACCAAAUCUGUUUAAAUUAAACUUUCACUUACUUCCCUAAGAAUCCUUGAUUUUAAGUGAUUUUAAAAUGCUUUCGCACAUAACGUGCAUGUGCCACACUUGAACAAACGCGUAAACAAUUAGUCGUCCACGGUGAACAAGAAUUCUCAUUUUCAACUUUUGCAGCACAAAUUACCAAACCUUUGUCUACUCUUUCUACCCAUUGUAAAAAAAUUCCAAAAAGUUUUUAAAACGUUUCUUGGCUGCUUUAAUAUCUGAUAUGAAAUGUUUACAACAACAUUACAGCGACUUCGAUUUUAGUAGGCCGAUCAAAGCAUAAAAUGUUUUAUUUCUUCGGUGGAAAGACGCCGACAAGUGUGGUCACCUCAAUAGCCCACAAUAAAAAAAAUGUCAGCUUUACCCUCCUUAGCAGCCCCAAAAGGCAAAAUGAUCUGAAAAGGGGAUGUAUAUUUUAAUCUGUAUGAGUCCCACGAUGCUAUGCAAUGGCAACAUGAUGUCAUCAUAACCUUCCCCCAAAAACGUAUUAUGUAAAGUAAUUCAUCUUUGUCUCCCUUUUAGUCAUUAUCUACCAAUGCUAAGAAUUUCGAAUGUUCCCGCCCUAAAAUUUGGAAAGGUACGUACACUGUUUUCAUCUCACAAUACAUCCUAACUCAAUGACCACGAACAGGCAGGCCCCUAAUAGUAAGUGUAGAGGCCUCAGUAAUAGUUUGAAGUUUCAUAUGUUUGUCUUAUAACAAAACGAAUAAUUAUGGGUAAGGAUAUUGCAUUGGUAAGACUUUUCAUCUGGCUCCCACGCUUUGAAAAUUUUGAAGUUUCUUAUGUUUGUCUUAUAAGAAAACGAAUACUUAUGGCUAAGACAGCAGCACCUUACAGAAUCAAUUUUUUGCGAUAUUGCAUUGGUAAAACUAUUCAACCGGCUCCCGCGCUUUGAAAAUUUUGAAGUGUCUUAUGUUUGUCUUAUAAGAAAAAGAAUAAUUAUGGCUAAGACAGUAGUAGUUUACAAAAUCAUUUUUUCCGAUAUUGCAUUGGCAAGAAUUUCAUCUGGUUCCCGCGCUUUGAAGGUAGUAUUGUUUAAUUGUUUUGAAUGGAAACUUAAACCUAAUAAAGUCCAAAUACUUUUGUAUCAAGUUUUUAAUACUUCAGGUCCAACAUAAAGGAAGGAUGAACUUUGACAUCCAGUCUCUUGCUUUUGCAGGAAGCCCAGGUGACUCUCUCCUUCACAAAUCCAGUGGAAAAUUUGUUAAAAGUCACUUUGUUGAACAUCGAAGAAGAUGAAAAGGACGCUGUUGCUGAAAAGGAGAAGGAGAAGCAGGAUGAGGGCAAUGAUAAAGGAGCUGACAGCAAGAUGGAGGAAGGCAAAAAAGACGAUACAGAAAAGACCAAAGAAGAUGGAGCAAAAGACAAGGAACAGAAAAAUGUUGAUGAUGAAGGAAAGAACAAGGAGGAGGGAAGCGAGAAGGCUGCUGAUGAUAAAAAGCAGGAAAGUUCUGUUGGUGUGAUGGGGAUAAACAGGAAGUUUGAUCGAAGCAUUGACAACAGUUGUGAGGGAAGGUCAUUCGUUCCCACGGCUCAGGUAAAGUAUGUUAAAUUUUGCCCCAUCUCAGUUUACUGGAGUAAGUUUUAAUAUUUUAUAAAACAUGUAGAACUGACAGGAAAUAUAAUUAUUAAUACAAGGAGUAACUGACUCGAAAAAUAGAAAGGUGAACUCAGACAGUGACUUUUGGAGAUUCUGGACACUCAUGUUACUGUUUAGGUAGAUCUACCUGUUAGAUUUAGGUCAUUAUCUGUUUGCAUUUUUCAGGUCAGCAAAGGUAAGCACUUUGCGGGUGACAACUCGUCGCGCAUGUCUUGAGCUCCACGCAUGUCUUGUGCUUGCUUUCUCAUUCCUGAAAAAACACCAAAAAAAUAAAGUCUGCUCUGCAGGCUAGGUUCAAGUUUCCGUUGGUAUUAAAGCUUAUAAAGUGUGUUGACAACUUCAUAAUAUAGCUACAUCUUUGUCGUCAUAAAAGUAAUAUUUAUUAUCUGUUUGAAAAACUGUUGAGGACAUGAUGUAAACACUAUGUUGACAAUGUGUGGUGUAUAUACACCUCUCAACAGACAUUCCACAAAAGGCGUUUUAACAAAGAGGUUCAGAAACGGGAGCAAGCAAAUUAAGCCUUUCAAGUCCUAUGAGUAACCAACAUCAAUUUCCUCCUAAUAAUUUCAAUACAUCGUCAAAAGAAAAGCAAUGAGAAUCAAUAAAAUGAUCACCUAUAAGGAAAAAUACUUUGAUGUUUUAUCAAAUUCUCUAAACUAAUUAUUUAAGGAAAUUUAUGGGGAUCGGUCUGGAGAAUUUGUAUGUCAAUAUUGGGGCUUAAAGGACAGUAAGGACUGUUGUCGUUUUCUUAGGUCACCCUUCCUACCUACCCGCUCAUGUUAGGAGCACGUGACGAGGCAGCUGAAUUUGAUGAGAUGGAUUCCUCAACAUCUGCAGAGAUGUUUAAUGAUGAUCCAAGGUUUGUUUUCAGUAAGCACUUCCAUUUCUGCAAGGCUGAGGAGAGCCCAAAAUGUUUUCAAGAUAACGUGAAACCAGAAGCAUAUAGCCCCUAAGCAUAUAACUUUGUCGCAGUGCUGGGGUUUUUUAGGGAACCAAGCAAAAUUUACCUCCUAAUAUGGAAUUACUGAAAAUCGAGAUUGUCGCGCGAGUGCUUUAGUCGGAAAACUUGUAUCGCGAUGUAAAUGAUGCGGUGCAAAAAGCAUUUACUGUUUUACGAGGUAAUAUUUGACGAAACACGGAAUUCACUACAUGUAUUAAUCCCCAAAUGACUAGGACUAAGUUAGUUCCUCCUAACAAGACAAAGUCGACUACCAAUGACAUGACCGUAAGAGAAGCGAUUUCUUAAAGUUAUAAUUUUUUUUACUUCAGAAACUGUUUUUGCGUGACCAUUAGCGCAAAUAACCUUUACAAAAUCACCUGACAUCUAUCUAGAAUAACAAGUAACACAUAUUUUCAAAUAAACUUCACUAGUUGCUGAACUCGAAAGUAAAAAUUGUGCAAAAUUCGUUGCCAUCGUCGUAGAAGUGAUGCGUGUAAUAAGAAGAAUGAAACGCAAGUUAAGAAGACUUCAGAUGCCGGCGAUCAUGUUUUCAACUAUUGCAAGACUAAUGUUAUGAAUGAACAAACAGAAAACAAUAAACAGACAAAUUGUUUCUUGAAAAUGUUUAUUCGAAAACCGACAAGUGUACCGUUAAAAGCAAUUCACGUAACACUGACUGGAUCGUGAAUCCGUUCCCACAAGUAAAAUAGGCUGAGCACAUAGCAAAAAUCAACACUAAAAUUAUCUGUGUAAGGUCGGGCGCAUUUCGCAAUUUUUCGUGAAAACUCUAUCAAAAAUAUAUAAAACGUCUAUUUAUAAAUACAUGAACUUCCUUUCAAUAACGUACUUUCCUUGAGCAUAACGUGUAAAAUGUAAGUUUACCUGAAAAUUAUUUAAAAAGGUUAAUGACUUGGUCGCAGUUCAGAAAAAAACAAGCGCUCCGCCGUGAAAGAAACAAGGUCGAAGUGGUGGAAGGUAAAUUUCGCAGCUUAAAACUUUUCUUUGUCCCAAAAAAUAAAACAAACGUUUACAUGUUACACAUCUAAUCAAAACUGCCAUACAUACAUGUGUACAUGUGUUCGAGCACUGCUCUGAAUGAGAAUUAAAAAAAUCUACCCUCACAAAAAAAAAAUAUUCCGUUCCGACUUCGUGGGCGCCUUGUACAACGCUUCUGCAAAGCUUGCCAUAUCACCAUGCUGGUUUUGCUGAAUGAGAACAGAAGCCGCAGAUAACUGUGUAAAUAUUGUUACCUGGUGUCGUUGUCUUUGUUUUUACGAAGUUUCAGCGCGAUUUUAGUGCUUUUACAUCGUUUGACCUGACAGUGUAAUAAAAAGAGUCUCUUGUUACCACCAACUGAAAAUACAACCCAGUAUUAUUCAUUUAAAAACCCCUCUGUAAAUUGCUUGUAGUGAAGGUGGCAUCCUUAUUUAAGAUAGACAUUAAUCAAAGGUUGUGCUUUUGAUUCCAUCUUCACACUUUAAACUCCAAUGCCAAAGCCAACAUUACUUCGGUAAAGUAAUGCUCAGCACCUUUAGGAUUUCAUUCGUAAAUUCAAAAAGUGUUCCGAAAAGUACUGAAUUUUCAAUUUUCUUAGCUUAUCCAUAAACUUAAAACUUAGAUCCACCUUGUGCAGCAAAAUAAAUAUGAACAACAUCACCAAAUAGUGACUGCUUAGUAGCUCUCACUUUAACGUUGGCACAUGAGAAUUUUACCUAUAAACUCACCUCGUACAGAAUAGUAAAAAGUAACACAGGCUCAAAGUUUGUGCGAAACUUCAUAAUCGAAGCUUCAAUUCAGAACGAUGUAGGGCUUAACUUGUAUGUCUCAUGUCAAUGACUGACAGUUUUUUCUGGUAUUUGUGGUUUAUCUCAGAUUUGUUGUGAAUCGACAAGCCAACAAACUUUGGUUUCGUGUGAAGGUUAUGCCUAAAAAACCUUUAGGCGAUGUUAAGGUAUGUUUGAUUUCAUAUGCCGAAUAGAUUUUUGUUUGGCCAUUUUCCAUUCGUCAAUUCUUGUUUUUAGACGUGUUACCCAUAACACCUUGUAGUACAUAUAUGUAGUAUACACAUAAGAUAUCAUACAUUAGUAAAAUCCAACUAGUGGUCUAUUAUCAAUGCUGCGUCGUAGCUGAUUGGUUGAACUGCUACUAGGCUAUAUUUCAUAGCGCACUAGUAGCGAAAAGCGCCUGCUUUUUGGCGCCAAAUAACGAAAAGGCUAGCUUUAACUAGCUAAAGUUGUUUUGUCUCGAUAUUUUUGACCAACUAGUUGGAUUUUACUAAAACAAUUAUUCCUCUGGCCCCUAUGGCUUCUGAGUUAAUAGCCCAUUCGGCCUUCGGCCUUAUGGGCUAUUGACUCAGAGCCCAUUCGGGCUCGAGGAAUAAUUGUUAAAUGUAUUCCGUUGUGUUGUGUUUCUGUCUCAUUUCUGCCUCAGUCUCUUCUCCUUACUGUAAGGAUCAGUGUGUCGUUUUUGCUAGGCUUCGAAGAUCUAUAUUUGGUCUCAUAUAGAUCUAAUAAAGAUCCGUCACUUCUCACUGGUUUGUCGCUGUGUUUGAAUCAGUCAAAUAUAUUUAACCACGUAACACCUAGUGCCACAAAAGUGUCCGUUCCUUCUUUUCAGCUUUUGAAUACGAAAUACACCCCUCGAAGGAAACUGCCUUAACAAUUUUGUCACCUAUUUGAGCGUUUUUAGGAACAUUUGACAGUGAAUUCCAGUCAUACUGUUCUCAAUAGCCUCCGAUAUAAGGUUCUUGACGUUUUGUAUUUAUUAUUACAGUUCUCGAUGAUUAUGCAGUAUGACUACAAGCAUACAGCCACAGCUUUGGUGCGAGGCAGCCAGGAAUCUGAGGAGCAGAUUGUGACGCUGAAGCAUAAAAUGCAUAUCAAUCUUGGUCCCGUGCAAAGUGAAGCUUAAACAUUUAUAAGGACCAGGGGAUUAGAAUAGGUAGUGGUUUAGGGAUAUAAUACUUGAUGAAACAUUUCAGUGGGUUUUCUGGGAGUCCUUCUCGGUGACAACGAUUCGCUAUCUGAGAACGAGUGUUCCUUUUAGUAUGGAAUAUGGAUUGUAAUGAUAUGGACUGUUGUUGUAUGACCAAGGUCAGUCAAGAUGCUUCUAAGCCUGGACACUACCAUAUGUACGAAAAGCGUCGACGUUUUGGCGAGAGAAAAAAACCAAGGUGGAGUGGGGGAGAGGACGAAACUUAAGGCGAAAAACAACUCACCCAUCCCUCCUCAUUUAAUUUGCACUUGCCCCCAACUUUCUGCUUUGUCAGGGGCACCCAACGACAAUUUUCUGAAAAAUAUCUGUUCGGAAGACGAUUUCAGACCUAGAAUUUUCGGAACAUUUGUUGUAAAAUUUCUUGCUUGCAUGCCUCUCCUAGGAUUUUCGAACAUAUAAAAAAUGGUAUAACUGCCCAUUUUUAACUAAUUUUUACCCUAACAAGUUCACCUAGAAUUUUCGGGAACCUAUUUUCUGGCAAAUAUUUUAGAAAAGGUAAGUUUUGAUCCCUAUAAUUUUCGGAUCACCAGACUUUCAGCUAGGAAAUCCUAACAGAUGAAAAAAUUUUAGGGGAUAAAAAUAUGCCUAUAUCUACAGUUUAAAUACUAAAAUACAUUUGAUAAUGCUAUGUUUAAGUGGUUUUGAACUAUAUUCUCGUUGGGUGCCCCUGCUUUGUACGCAUGGCAACGCUAGCUAGUCAGCUUGAAUGAACCAUUCACUGGUACGUAAAGACGAUGUGUCCCCGUUAUGAUGUACAAACGGCCCCACUGUCACGGGAACGAUGCCACUUAUUACAUGUAUCUAAACUCGCAAAGAUUGGCCACGGCUGUAUAAAGGCCUUCCGAAAGAAAGAUUGUUUGAGACUUGAUUCAAUAACUAUUUCUUGCACCCAAGAAGCAAAAUGUAAGAUCGGAGGCGCGGCUUAAAACUAAACAUUUUUUUGUCCAACAGCGUUGCCUCAACAGUAGGGACUUUACGAUCCCACGACGCGACAGAAACGAGAACGCCAAAAACAACAAUAGGUUUAGUAGGCAAAACAACAACUGCACGUGCAUCUCACUUUUUUGUACAUUUCUUUGCCGUUUUUGCGCGACUACGACGUGAAAUUGCCUAAUUUUACUUUUUAGGGAGGACGUAAACAAGCGACGAGAAAUUUUAUUCUCUUUCUAAACUUGAAUAUAGUUCUGAGAAAUUCAACUCCGGGAGGGUUCGCCUACAUUUGACGAAGUAAGUGAGUUGGAAUAAUCGCGAUAAAGACCGAAAAACGCGAAUUCAUUUUUGAAGCGACGUUUUCGCUGCCGUCGCGUCAUCAGAUCGUAAAGUCGCUAGUAUUAGGUAGAGUAGCCAGGCCUUAAAAAGUUAUCCGUUGCUCUAAAUGUACUAUCAC